CACUUGUGCAAUUCGCCUUUGAAUCCAGAUUAUUCGGUGUCGACGGACUCGAGGUCUACUCUUACCUUCAUACCUACCUGCUUUAUCUGCAAGUCAUUCAAGAUGAGUAGCCCUAAGCGGAGAAUUGAGACAGAUGUCAUGAAGAUGUACGCACCCUUCCCCGUAUCCGGCACCGACCAUAUCUCCUCCAACUCGGGGAGGAAUGAGAACGCGAUUUCGGAUAUGGGACAUAUCAAUAGCUUUCAGGGGGACUUGUGCUGAUGGUUUGCAUAGGUUGAUGAGUGAUUAUGAGGUGACUCUGGUUAAUGAUAACAGGCAAGAGUUCUACGUGCGUUUCAAGGGACCGGAAGAGACACCCUUCGCCGGUGGCCACUGGAAGAUUCACGUCGAAUUACCCGAUCAAUACCCAUACAAGAGCCCGAGCAUCGGGUUUGUGAACCGGAUUUUCCACCCGAACAUCGAUGAGCUGUCGGGUUCCGUUUGUUUGGAUGUCAUAAACCAAACAUGGUCGCCCAUGUACGAUAUGAUCAACAUCUUCGAAGUCUUCCUUCCUCAGCUCCUGCGCUACCCCAACCCUUCAGACCCUCUGAACGGUGAAGCAGCUGCUAUGCUCAUGCGGGAGCCGAAAAGCUACGAGGCAAAGGUCAAGGAAUACGUAGCCAAGUACGCCAGCAAAGAGGCCGUCGACGAAGCCGGAGAAGACACAGAGUCGGAAGACGAACUGAGCUCGGCAGGCAGUUACGAGUCCGGCGGCGAAGAGCCAGCCGGUACAAUGGACGACGUUUAGUUCUGCCGCAGUUCAGUCUGUCUUAGACCAUUCGCGUCUUGAUUUGGACAUUUCACACCAGUAUAUUGCAUAGGCAUCGUUGUCUAUUAUCUGUUUUCGGUGUUAUUUACUAUUUGCUGCUUUUAUCUUUUGGGUGUCAGGCGGGAAGGCGUUUCUGGCGGAGUUCAGUCGUUUCAAAGUGCAGCAAUCGACUUAGUACGACAGUCGCAAGAGAAGGUAGCUAAUGGGCGAUCGGAUCAUGUAACAUGGGGGGUGUGCAAGUGCAGGAAGUUGACCGGCUGAUCCGUAUCUCUUCGACAGCAGCGUUACUUCCGCAGUGUCUGUUCUACUUCCCACCUCUCGCAGAUGUUCCAACAUAAAGACUGUAUAUCGCUAAUGGAGCAUUAUUGUUAUAUCCCAA